UCUAAACACCUCAUUCCUCUCACAGCCAACAAAACGACUCAGCUCGGCCGAGUUGGCGACUCCAAACGCUGGUAAAAGACAAAAAGCCGCAAAAUGUCGACCAAUGCGUACUCAGAAUCUCGUCGGGUCUGCCCUUCGAUCCACGGCAGCAGGUUUGACACGGCGAGCCGCAAACGGGCUGUGGCGAAUAUCUUCGAGAACGUCAACCAGGACGCGCUCAUGAGGCUUUUCCAGAAAACGGGAGACAUGAAAGCCGAAGAGAGAGUGAGGAGCAUCUUCUCCUUUGCGCAAGAUCCAGAAGAGACGGCCAAAGCAUUGAUGGCCCUCAAGCAGAGAAAGAAGGACAAAUUCCUGCAGAUUGUGGGAAUGGUUCGGCACUUUCUGAAAAUGCGCUGAAUCUUCACGUGACGACCCAUGGUUGCAUGGUCGUUGAUUCAGACUGCCAGUGACAAACCUGGAGAUGAAAGAGGUGUCCAGAAUGGACAAGAAGGACCAACGGAGAUGAAGGAAAGCAUCGUAAAGCCAAUAAAUGGCACGAGCUGUGAGACAAGACAUGAAGGACGAGACGCACCGUCUCUUGUGCGGCAUGAAGACCUUCAGUAUGAAGGAAUCCCGUUGCUUCCGAACUGACACUCAUGCAUGCAUCAUAUAUAGAGACUUGCGAAGACUUGUCUCGUGAACUAUAUGCAUUUUAUAAAUGGACUUUACCACGUACUACUGCACCUUACAGGUGUACUGUUGGUGCACAAGAACUAUGAUGGGAGACCGGUGCGGAAGUUAUCUUGCCUUAAAAAUGCCUAUAAACAUUAUGCCUUGUCUCUAUCCCAGUUUUAUAUUGUGAAUACUGUUUUGAACACUUAAUGGGAAUUUAUUUGUCACAAUGUUUUAACAAUACUUAAUGCAUUUUCCACAAUAUUAUUUUACAUUAUUUGU